AUGGAGAUACCAGUGAUUGAUCUCUCGAGAUAUUUAGAGAUCGCCGAUAAACUGAGCACUGAUCCGGUGAAAUUAUCUGGUCAAAUCAAAGAAGUUGGGUCAUGGCUGAGGGAAUUGUGUGAAAAAGUGAGCCAGAUCCUGAGAGAAACUGGAGCUUUGGUAGUCAAGGACCCAAGAUGUACUGCGGCUGAUAAUGAUCGGUUUAUUGAUAUGAUGGAGAAGUACUUUGAAAAACCUAGAGAGUUCAAGUUAUUACAAGAGAGACCUCACUUGCAUUAUCAGGUUGGAGUGACACCUGAGGGAGUGGAAGUUCCAAGAAGCCUGGUUGAUAAAGAGAUGCAAAACAAUUUAAAAGCAAUGCCCAAAGAGUUCCAACCAUCCACUCCUAAUGGACCCGAUCCUAAAUGGCGAUACAUGUGGAGAGUAGGUCCUCGACCGUCAAACACUCGCUUUAAGGAACUUAAUUCAGAACCUGUAAUACCUGAAGGUUUUCCUGAAUGGAAAGACACUAUGGACUCAUGGGGUUGCAAAAUGAUAUCUGCAAUAGAGGCUGUUGCUGAAUUGGCCGCAAUUGGUUUUGGUUUGCCCAAGGAUGCAUUUACUUCUCUUAUGAAACAGGGACCACAUCUGCUUGCUCCAACAGGGAGUGAUCUCAGCCGUCAUAGCCAGGAAGGCACUGUCUUUGCAGGGUAUCACUAUGACCUUAACUUUCUAACAAUUCAUGGCAGAAGUCGAUUUCCUGGUCUAAACAUUUGGCUAAGGAAUGGGCAGAAAGUUGAUGUGAAGGUUCCUUCAGGAUGUCUUCUCAUUCAGACAGGAAAGCAGAUUGAGUGGUUGACUGCGGGAGACUGCUUGGCUGGCAUGCAUGAAGUUGUUGUCACAAACAGGACAACUGAUGCAAUCAAAUUAGCAUCAGGGCAAAACCGCAGCCUUUGGAGAGUUUCCUCAACUCUUUUUGCACACAUAGCAUCAGACGCGGUGUUGAAGCCCUUAGGUCAUUUUGCCGAAUCUCGACUGGCCAGCAAAUAUCCACCUAUGUGUGCAGGAGAGUUUGUUGAACUGGAGCUUGCAGCGAUCAACCUAAAAGGAAACAAAGGGGAAUCCUGA